GUAUAAUAAAAUUGGCUCCUCCCACAUAGUAACCACUUUAGAGGUCCGUCGGUUAACAAGGUGGAAAAACGAAAGAAAAGUUGACUUCUAGCGUCAUUUUUGAUGACUGUUUGGUGAUGACGCGCUUGGAUUUGGGGCAUGUGUCCGUCUGCCCUUGUGAAACGCAACAGAAAUGAGUAAAGACAACCCACCGAUCGAAAUGGACUUGGCUUUUGGAUCAGCCAAGUCCUAUGGGUCUUCUAGAAGCAUUGUGAGGAGAAUAGCUUCUAGUCUUCCUUUUAAUCCCUGUCCUCGGGUUCAUUUUCAGCUUUAUCCGUACAGUGAAGACGCUGGUGUCCUAAUUGCCGCCAGAAGGCAGAACGGUUUGGUGGCAUCUCUGGCUGAUGUCGGCUGGAUCGACAGGGAUGACGACGAAGACGAAGACUCCUUUGGCAGACCCAGGUCAGUGAUCCCACAGGGACUUGUGUUUCGAGCCCGCGAGCCUCAUCCUCAGAGACAACCCUUAAACCGCCAGAGGUCACUACCAAGCCUGCAUCAAGGGACUCCGGACCCCCAGGGGCCUACAACUGCCAACGAUGAGGCCAUUCAGAAGAUCGGUGCACUGGAGACGGAACUUGCCAAACUCCGAUCUCAGAUAGCACAAAUCGUAUUGGCUCAGGAAAAGAACUCACAGUCAGCUGCUACCACAGGGACACCUCCACCUCCCCCUCCACCCUGUGGCACCCUGCCUCCCCCUCCCCCACCUCCUCCUCCUCCUCCUCCACCACCACUUCCUCCACCCUUAAGUCUUCAGCGGACAUUUUCUGCCAUUGACUUGAUAAAGGAGCGCAGGGGGAUGAAGACAGACAGCCAGACAAUUUUGGAUUCAAAGUCAGCAGAAAUUCCCAGCAUGCUUGAUGUCCUGAAAGACAUGAGCAAAGUCAAAUUGCGAUCAGUCAAAAGUCGGCCAGUGGACGGUGAAGCCAAAGGAAAACCCAGCGAGCCUCUAGAUGCUGCAACUCUCAUCGCCGAGGCCCUGAAACGCAAGUUUGCCCAUCGCUAUCGACAUGACAGUGAACAAGGAGACCAGGAGGAUUUCAAACUUCCCGUUCCGGAAGUGAAACCUCAAACUAAAACCCCUUUGUUUGGGCAGCACAUGUUGAAAUCGACUGGAAAAAAGAAGUUGCUCUGAUCAGCUGAUUCUGAUCUUGAGGUCCAGAUGUGCUGCGGAGACUUUGAAGUGCCUCUACCGCCCUCUAAAUGUGAGCUGUUUCUGUGGAAGAACAAGGGAUUCUGCCUGAAGUAGUUGACAGUCAUCUCAUAGUGUUGCUUCCAAGUCAUCUACACCAUCUGUUGUUUUGCACUUUUCUAAAUUAUAUUAGCUUUCACUUUUAAAAACAAGAUUAUUUUUGUUCAACUGAACAUCUUUUUGUUUUUGAGUUGAAUAGUUAAAACACUACAGAAUUGAUGAACGCUAUUAUUUUUAUUGCUCAAUCAUAAUUAGGCUUUUGGUCAACUUGUUGCACAUCGCAUAUUUGGUCAUGUGUGCGUUCCCAUUUUAAGGGCUCUGUGAAAGCUGAAGAGUUCCUCGACCAACGAAGAAAGGGAGCACUUAGUUCCUUGAGGAAUAUUGUGCUGUAUUGUUUAUACAUGUAUGAUAGACUAAUUUAAGAUUGGGAUUAUUCUAUUUAUGUUGCGGUUUAAGUGAGAAUUAAGAUUUUAACACGUCAUAGAUUUGUCCGUUAAUAUUUCCAAGUGGCUUUUAGACUGUUGUACCUCUCUGUUGAGCCUGUGAGUCGUGUCCCCGUUGCCAGUCUUGUGUGUCUUCACCCAGUUUUAGUUGACUUUACUGUUCUCUUUAGUACGAUCUGUUUCAGCCAAAAGCAUUCCAGUGAUGAUCUGCCAGAUUCUGCCUUUCACUGCCAAAUAUCUUUUCUUUUCUCACUCCCAUUUAAGAUGCAUAAAUAGGGAGGAAACCCUGAUACUGUAACUGAAGCAAAGUUCAUAUUUCUUUAGUUUAUUGAUGGUACAGGGGCAUAUGCAAUGUUUUGUUGCUUCAUCUUUUAAAGACUCACAGUUCAACAUAAUCAGUAAAGAAAAACUAGUUUCUAUAUGAAACAUAUUUUAUUACAAAGGUAUAACGUUAUGCUUUUGUAAUCACACUUUCAUGCCUCAGUUUGGGCUUUGAGGGUUUUUAGUCAUUUCUUUCUGUAUGCUCAUUGUUUCCAGUUCUGUUCAUCAUGCCAGUGUAGUUGCUGCUUCAAGUCAACUUUACUAGUAUUAUCUUUAUAUUAAGGAACGUGGACUGGGUGUGUCAACGUAUUUUUGUAGAAAAAUCAUUCAUUUUAAUUGUCAAAUCCCUAAAUAAAAGUUUAUAUUCUGUCCCAACUUG